UCCCUUUCAGUAUUCUUCUACUCUAAAGCUAUUGUCAUCAACGAUCAUCGUUCACAGAUCCGAUCUCAAAACACGUUUCCUUAAACCCAAAUUCUCCCCUCCCCCUCCGGUUGAAGUCGUUCUGUUAGUUUAAAACUCCAUAAAACAAGCUCGUUAAUUUAUGAACUUAGUGUUACCGGCAACAAUGUCAUCAUUCUUGCACCAACGACCCAUCCAGAACCCAUUCUCAAACGCCUACCCAAUCUCCCCACGUUCUUCAUCAAGCUUGCAAAGACCCAUUUCGAUCUUCAGUCCAACAGGCCUAACUAUUCUCCUCUCGCUCAUGGUAAUCCUCGGAGUGUUCGCGCCCUGGUCAGGCAUGCCCCAAUCCAUGUUCUCUAACUCAAAAAGGGCAUCUUCUUCUAUUUCCAAAUGGCGAGACUACUCUUUGGCCGAAGCCGCUUCCUUCGUCGCCAAAAAUGGUACCAUAAUUGUAUGUGCCGUCAGUCAACCUUACUUGCCUUUUCUCAGCAAUUGGCUGAUCAGUAUCACCAGACAAAAGCACCAAGAGAAAGUCCUUGUGAUAGCUGAGGAUUAUGCUACUCUUGACAAGGUUAAUGAAAAAUGGCCUGGCCAUGCCGUUUUAAUCCCGCCAGCUCUUGAUUCACAAACUGCCCACAAAUUUGGCUCUCAGGGUUUCUUCAAUUUUACUGCCAGGAGGCCUCGACAUUUGUUGCAAAUUUUGGAGCUCGGCUACAAUGUUAUGUAUAAUGAUGUUGAUAUGGUGUGGUUGGGAGAUCCCUUCCCUUAUUUCGAAGGAAAUCACGAUGUUUACUUCACUGACGACAUGGCUGCAGUGAAGCCACUGAACCAUUCCCAUGAUUUGCCACCUCCAGGGAAAAAGGGUCGCCCUUAUAUUUGUAGUUGUAUGAUUUUUCUGCGUGCUACAGAUGGAGCAAAACUAGUAAUGAAGAAAUGGAUUGAAGAACUUCAAGCUCAGCCAUGGUCCAAAGCACAGAAAGCAAAUGAUCAGCCUGCUUUUAACUGGGCUCUACUAAAAACUGCCGGAGUGGUGGAUCUCUACCUGCUUCCUCAGGCAGCAUUUCCAACCGGAGGAUUGUAUUUCAAGAACAAGACAUGGGUGCAGCAAACCAAGGGGAUGCAUGUCAUAAUUCAUAAUAAUUACAUCCUCGGCUUUGAGAAGAAGAUCAAGCGCUUCCGAGACUAUGGCCUGUGGUUGGUUGAUGAUCAUGUCCUCGAGUCCCCUCUGGGCAGAUUAUGAAAAAACCGAAAUACCUAGGGAUUGCUUUCUGCACAAUCAAUUACAGCCUCAACAACCACCCUAAAAGGUGGAUCAUCCAGUUGGGUCAUCUUCUUCUCAAAAGCAUCUGCUUGGAACCUCUCGGAUAAACAUUGAUCAUUAGGAGCUGAGAGUGCAGAUAACAUGGACCCUUAGCAGCUGAGAAAUGCUCAUUUUCUUCAGCAAAAUUCUUUCAUUUAAAUAGGGUUCAAUCAAGGGCAAAUUCCAAAUAUUGUGUUGUUCAAUUAUAACUUCGUUUCCAGACCUGAUGAAAUCAAUCAAUUUCUUCCGCAUUUGUUUUCCUUGACAUAAUGCAAAUGCAAUCUGUUCGCUG